AAUCCUCCGACUAGAGGUUUUGAUGAAACUACAGAGCCAAACACUCCAUGUGGUGGGUUUAACUCGGUCAAUACAUCCGCAAUAACUAAAUUUCCUGUUUCACAAGGACGUGCUACAAGUUUCUUCUAUGAUGGUGAUGGAACUCUUACUUAUAAUUACGCUCCUAAUACAAAUUCCACUUUUCUUCAAGUAUCAGACCCUGAAACGUAUUCUCAGCUCGCGAACGCUCAAAAGUCAGUUACUGUAAACUUGAAUAGAGCUAACGCAACCGUUGGUUCUCAAGGUGUUCUUCAAGCUGUUUUUAAGUUAUCUGAUGGUACUGGUUCUUGGUAUCAAUGUGCUGAUAUUCAAGUGAUUAACGCUACUACGGCUAGCUCUGUUGCUAUUGCUAUGGUUUCACCUCAUAUUGGCGCAAUUACUAUUUUUGUUGGUUUUAUUUCAGUUCUUCUUAUUGGAAUUUGA